CCCAUCGAGGAAAGACAGAGAAGGGAAAGUUUAUUAAAACAACUCUGAGGGGAGGGGAGAAAGGAAUUGGAGAACGAGAACUCUCAGGCAAAAACUUUAUCCAAGCUAGAGAGGACUCUUGGAAGCUCUUUUAGCAAACUGGAUUACAAUAAAAUCAGUUUUCUGUGGAUUAAUGUUGCCAUAAUUCAUUGGAUGAACAAUCACAGAAGGAGCUGAAGGAGGGAGUCAUGAGGGUCAUCUGCUCCUCUCUAGUGCUUCUCACCAUCUGCUUGGGUCACGGGGGUCGACUGGCAUCAGCUGAAGGUGUCAGCUGCCCGUCCGUACAGGUAGAAGAAUGGAAGUUUCCUCAAACUGCCAGACACAACAUUACAGGUUUCAAUCUGGCGCGACGUUUCUCCCUGUUGAAGAACAGCGAGGUCAAGAAGAUUCGAAACCCGAGAGGGCCUGUCAUCCUUCGCCUUGGAAAAGUACAACUCAUCCAGCCUACAGAUCAAGUGUUUCCUAAUGGACUUCCAGAGGAGUUCACCCUGGUCUUCACCUUGCUGCUGAAAAAGAAAUCAUUGAAUGAUCACAUUUACCUGUUCCAGAUAUCUGAUGGACAUGGCUAUCCUCAGUUCUCAUUUGAAUGGAAUGGUCCAGAUGGCAACCUGGCCCUGCGGGCGACAGGGGCCAACCCUGAUGGGUCCAUGGUGGGGUGCGUGUUUGAAGGUGACGGUGUGGAAUCCCUGAUGGACAUGCGCUGGCAUAAGGUGGCUCUGAGUCUGCAGAGAGAUGCAGCCUCCCUGCACAUGGACUGCAGCUCCAUUGAGAACAAGCCCCUGGAGCUCCGUGGCCAGUUACCCAUCAAUGGACACACGCUGUUGGGUAUGAGGGCUACUGAUGCUGCUCCUGUGGAGAUUGACGUGCAGCAAGUGAUGGUGUAUUGUGACCCCUCUCUCGCUAUCCAGGAAGCCUGCUGUGAGAUACCUGGAGCUCGGUGUCCACCGGAUGCUCCCAAGAGCCGAAGAGCCGCAGAGAACCAGGUGGAGUUUAUGCGCAAUCCCUUCACUCUGUCAAUUCUCGGAUCCAAGGAACUGGCAGAAAAAUGUGCAGGCUGUGUACUGCUCAAUGAGGAAUCAAGUGUUAUUCAGGAAGGUUAUGCGGGUCAGUCUGGCCUUAAAGGAGAUAAGGGAGACAGGGGUUUGGACUGUACUGGUGCUGGAGUUCCUGGACGAUGCUUAGAAGGUGCUAAAGGGGAGAAAGGAGAGAAGGGAGAGUCGGGUCUGGCUGGCAACUGGGGAGAAGCUUUAGGAGUGAAGGGUGACAAAGGGCAGAAAGGAGAAAUCGGAGCCCCAGGUCUGCCCGGAAGUCCAGGCAAAGACGUAUAUGGCCGAGCUAAUCCUAUUUGUGUGGUGGGCCCUAAAGGACAAAAGGGUCUUCCUGGUGUAGUUGGUCCAGAGGGGCUUGCAGGAGAACCAGGCCGGCCAGGACCUCCUGGACCUCCUGGAGUUGGGAAACCAGGACCACCAGGGCCCCCUGGUAGACCUCCAAGAUCUAAAGGAGAGAAAGGGGAUUCUGGAAUACCUGGUGUAGACGGAAAGCCUGGAGAACCUGGUCCGAGAGGUCCUUGGGGACCUAAAGGUGAGAAGGGAGAUCCAUGUGAACCAUGUCCAGUGGUCUCUUUCAACUCUACUGGCAACACGAGCAAGCAGGGACCUAAAGGAGAACCAGGUGGCCCAGGCAAAGGAGAACAGGGUCCACCUGGCCUUGCAGGACUGGAUGGCAAAGCAGGACAGAAGGGAGAGCCAGGAGUAGACGGGGCCAAAGGCGAAAAGGGUGAGCCAUGUUCUGGCUGCCCUAGCAAUGGAAAAGUUCCAGCGGGCAUUUUGAAUUCGACUCAAAAGGGAGAGAAAGGAGAUCCAGGUGCUGGACAGAAAGGAGAGCAGGGAGAACCAGGUCUAAGUGGUUUUGCUGGAAUAAAAGGGGAAAAGGGUAAUGCAGGCACCAAAGGAAAAGAGGGAAAAACUGGCAAACCUGGUCCUAAAGGGUCAAGUGGAAAUAAAGGAGAGAAGGGUGAUUCUGGACAACCCGGUAUAGCGACUCCUGGUCCAAAAGGUGAAAAGGGAGACUGUGGCAUGUGCCAAACCUCUUCCUCUGAGGUGGGAAGUGGCCCAUCUAUAAUAAAGGUCACAGGGGACCGUGGCCCUCCAGGACCUCCAGGUCCACCAGGAGAAGGAGUCGAAGGCAAACAGGGGCCACCAGGUCUACAAGGUUUCAAAGGAGAGAAAGGUGAUCAGGGUUUUCAGGGAGACCCAGGUGUGGAUGGGGCAGCUGGACCCCCAGGACCUCAUGGAGAACCCGGCAGGAACGGCCUUAAUGGAAUGAAAGGUGAAAAGGGAGAUGCAUGUGACAGCUGUCCAUCACUCUCUGAAGGAAAUGGCAAUGUUGUUGGCUUACCAGGGCCCAAGGGAGAGAGAGGAGAGCCAGGCUUGCCAGGCGAGGGCAGAGGAGGCAAACAGGGUCGGCCAGGCCCACCUGGUGUCCAGGGACCUCCAGGGCUUAAAGGCAGUCAGGGUGAUGCUGGGCUUCCAGGUACUGGCCUUCCAGGACUGCAGGGUGAGCAGGGACCUAGAGGUUUUCCCGGAGUUGCUGGUCCAGAAGGACGUCUGGGACCUGCAGGACCGAUUGGACCAGCGGGACAAAGGGGUCCAAAGGGAGAAAUGGGACCACCAGGGCCACACGGGCCAAUGGGAAUAGGACCAAUAGGACCCCCGGGUAGGGAUGGAACGCAAGGAUUUCCUGGAAUACCAGGGCAGGAUGGGAUUCCUGGAGCCUAUGGGCCUAAGGGUGACAAGGGUGAACCAGGAGAGUGCAACUGUUUGAACUAUAUGUUCCCUGGAACCGGUGGACCUGGGGUCCCAGGUGGUGAGGGCAGGUGGCAGCCUGGUCCUCAGGGGCCUCCUGGACCACCAGGCCCUCCAGGUCCCCCAGGGGCCCAAGGCUUUACAGGAAUCCAAGGCCCACAGGGUAUCCCUGGCAACGAUGGCGUACCAGGGAAACCGGGUCCACCCGGCGAAGCUCCUCCUGUUUUGCUGCCUCAAGAUUCAGCUCCCACAGGGAAGGAGGGCUGUGGCGAAUGCUCCAAGGGUCUACCAGGUGUGCCCGGCGUGGUUGGUGCUAAGGGCGAGAAGGGAGAUCAGGGCAAGCCUGGUGUUGAACACUUAGAUGGAUGCGAACGGUGUAUAGAGAAGCUGCAGAGAGAAGAAACACCCAGGCGGCCUACGAGUAACAGUGGUCAGUGUGUUGGUGCACCAGGGAUGCCCGGAUUCCCAGGGAACCCAGGGGACAAAGGAGAGACAGGUACUAGAGGUGAGCGAGGACCUCCUGGUCUUCCUGGAACCCCAGGCAAUAUUGGUUUCCCCGGUCCUCAAGGGCCUCCUGGACUGCCUGGUCAACAAGGUCAGAGAGGGACAGAUGGACUUCCAGGACAGAAAGGUGAACAGGCUCCACCAGGAAAUCCUGGCUAUCCUGGAACCAUGGGACCACCUGGACUCCCUGGCCUUAAAGGAGAGCGUGGCAGUCCAGGGACUGCAGGGCAGAAAGGAGAUUCUGGUCCACCGGGAUCUCCAGGUUAUCAAGGACCAGGCGGCCCAGCAGGUCCUAAAGGGGAAGCUGGAACAGCGGGACCUGUGGGACCAAAGGGAGAUCAGGGCUUCCAAGGGUCCCAAGGAUUCCCAGGACAACCGGGUCCUCCGGGUUUCUCAGGAAAAGCAGGUCCUCCAGGCCCUCCAGGACCACAAGCUGAAAAGGGUAGUACUGGAGUUCAGGGCCCACAGGGACCCACAGGUCCCCCAGGAUCACCCGGGGCCCCAGGCAUGCCUGGACCACCUGGAAUGGAAGGACUUGAUGGCAAAGAUGGAAAACCAGGUUUAAGGGGUGAACCAGGACUGCCUGGCUCUGCUGGACCCAGUGGAAUGCCGGGUUUCAAGGGCAUCAAAGGACACACAGGUCUCCCAGGAAUGAAAGGAGAUAGAGGACCUCAGGGACCUGCUGGAGCAACGGGAAGGUCUGGCCUAGAGGGUGAUCCCGGUCCUCCUGGACCACAAGGACCACCUGGAGCUCCAGGACAUGUUGGUGCUGCCGGAUCUCCAGGGCCACCGGGACCAAUUGGGCCACCUGGAGUCGGCAUUAAGGGAGACAAGGGUGAGGCAGGAGAUAGAGGGCAGCCUGGAUUACCCGGCCCACCAGGGCUCCCAGGACAUCCCGGGCUAAUGGGUGAACCAGGAAGUGAUGGAGCGGUGGGUAAAGAUGGAGCCCCAGGCCAGCCAGGAGAAACUGGUCCAUCGGGACCAAAGGGCGAAGCAGGGGCUGCAGGGCAAAGGGGACCCCCGGGAGAGCGCGGACGUCCCGGCCCACCAGGAGAAGGCUUUGGUUUUGGCUCCAAAGGACCAGAAGGGAUCAUAGGACCAGCUGGACCCCGUGGUGAGAGCGGAAACCCUGGUUCACCUGGACCAGCUGGUGCCCCCGGACCACCAGGAAUCCCAGGGAAUGAGGCUGUUGUAAACUAUGAUGACUUAAGGUCCUUCAUCAGGCAGCAGGUCAUGAAGAUCUUCGACGAGCGUAUGGGCUACUACAUGUCCCGAAUGCAGAUGCCUGUGGAGAUGGUUGCGUCCCCUGGUCGACCGGGACCCCCAGGGAAAGAUGGAAGUCCAGGCAUCCCAGGUCCCCCAGGGAUACCGGGCCGCUCUGGGCAGAUUGGCCGAGAAGGAAGGCAGGGACCCAUGGGUCCAGCCGGUGCCUCUGGUGUAAAGGGAGAAAAAGGAGAUAAGGGUGUUGGAGAGAUGGGAGACACUGGCCCUCCAGGUGCUCCAGGUGUUCCUGGUCCUCCUGGUUACAGUAAGAUGGGACCACCAGGUCCUUCUGGUCAGCAGGGCAUCCCUGGUAUACCUGGACCUCCAGGACCAUCUGGAACAAAGGGCAAGGAUGGUCGUUGUCACCCGUCAGACUGUAUGAGUAUGCCUGUGGAGUACAAUCCCAAGGGCCCAGCUUCCAGAGGUCCCAUGUACUAGAAAAUUGUUUAAGAGAAAUAAUAGAUGGAGGAUGGUAACCACUGAUUGACAAUCUCGCUGUUACCUACCUGAGAAGAUCCAUGGAGAACCAAAUGAUUCAUGUCAUUUCCUUUCCGCAUGAUGCAAUACCAAAACACUGGUUCACCACCAAUGGGGACUUUUACAAGUUAUUGUCUCCUGAUGAACCAGUAAAGAAGGGCUAAGCAUUAACAUCACUACAAUCAGUGCAACUUCCCAAACUUGAGUGCCUUAACCCCUGAGUACUGUCCCAUAAUGCCAUAAUUUUUGAGUUUGUGCUUUACAAUUAUAGUAAAUAGAAGACUUCAGGAUCACUGGACAUAUAAUGUUUUGACAGUCUUUAGAGGCACCCAGAUUUAUUCAGCUUUCAAGAUUUUUCAUUUCUUUACCAGGCCUUGUAAAAAAAUGUUGGUUUCUGAUUGAUAUUCCAUAACUAUCUUCAAGGUCCUUUAUUAACUAUUAUAGCAAUAUUCUGAGUUAAAUCCUCCACGGCAUGCUGUUGAUUGAUGCAGGAAUUAUUUUUAAUUGUACCUCAUUUUGUGAAAAUGUUGACAGAUUUGCACUUAUAAUGGAAUUCUAUAGGGCAUGCCUUCAACAUUAUUAUUAUUAUUAUUAUUUUCAAAUUGAGGUAUGAAUCAAAUUUUCUGCUGAAAAGAAAGAUGCUGUUUCUUGGGCUUGUAUUGAAUCUUGAAUAUUCCUUUAAUACUAUCUUUGUGAGGCGGUCAUCUUGGCAGCUGCUAAUUUAGCUAUUUAACUGCUUUAGCAUGGAAAUGUAUGUGUCUUAAAUAUCCAUCUGUUUCCAAUGAAUAAUUCCUUCAACAGUGUGAGACAUUUAAUAUAAAUAGUUUGAGAUUAUCAUUAGGGAUAGGUACAGUUACCUAAUUCAUUAGGUUUAUUAUUCAAAAUGAACCUCCCCAUGGGCUUGUGUUGUAGAUAUUCAUAUUUAUAUGUAAUGGCUUUUUGUACUUAAAAAAAAAUAUGGUC